AUGGCAAACGAACCGCAAAAUAUACGAGGGCUGUUUCUGAGCGCCGAGAGAGCACGACAGGAGCUCUCUUCGUCAUAUGAAACGAGCAGUCCUACCUACCAAGAAAACCUCAUUACCGCCAUCGCCACCUACGAAGAAUGUCUUAAGCUUGCUGAACAAGUUUCGCUUUUCAGUCCAAACGAGACCUUGGAAGACGUAGCAUCCUCUGAUCUGCAGUAUAUGGCCAUCAAUUACCACCUAGCAGAACUUGUGCAAAAGGUAUUCAGUACAGAUAUUUCCAUUAGGAAGAGCAAUCUGCUACAGGCACGGGGGCUCUAUGAACGAUUCUUGAAGCUCUUGGAUUCUUACGAUCUGCUUGACAAGGCGGGCUCAAACCUCUUUGAAGCGUAUACCGACGAUAAAGACAACUUCUCCACGGCUAGUACGCGGGAUGCCGCGGCAAGGCGGGAUGCCAAGAUCACCAGGUUUCGAGAGGAGAAGGAGCUUAAGAGAAAGCUCGAGUACCUUCAACAACAUCCCAAGCUCGCGGAACAGGACGACCAAGUAGUCCGAGAGCUCAACUUGACAAAUCUGGCGUUCAUUACGCAUCAGACCUUUCAGACCCUGGAGUCCAUAGCGCAGGAAUUGCACAUCAUCUCGCUCGCUCCACCCACGCCUACAUAUGAUCAGAAUGGACCCACGCCAGACGGUCGCCAAGAUGGCAGAAACAAAGACAAGUACUCGGAACGUCUUGAUGGUCAGCUUGCCGGGCUAAGAUAUUCCGGGCCCAUAUUGAGCAGUGAUGGGAAACCAAUGCGGCCGUUUACUCUCCUAGAUAGCCGGCAAACACUGACGAAAAAUGUGUUUCGCCCAGACCAUAGUCUCCCAACCAUGACCAUUGAUGAGUAUCUCGAAGAGGAAAAGCGACGAGGUGGAAUGAUUGAGGGCGGAGGUCCCCAGUCUGAAGUUCGCCCUGAGCCUGACGAGGAUAAUCUCGUCCUGGCCGAUGAAGAGACCAUGAAGCAACGCGCGUGGGAUGAGUACGUCGAGGCAAAUCCCAAAGGAUCAGGAAAUACUCUAAACAGGGGAUAA